AUGUCAGGUCAAGCAAAGGCGUCCUCGUCGACGGGACCCAAGAAAACUGCCAAUGCCAGCUCAAAUGGUGCCGGAGUAGACUACGAAUUGCCGUGGGUCGAGAAGUACCGGCCAGUCUAUCUUGAUGAUGUUGUAGGCAAUUCCGAAACGAUCGAGCGACUGAAGAUCAUUGCAAAAGAUGGAAACAUGCCCCACGUCAUCAUCAGUGGUAUGCCUGGUAUCGGCAAGACUACGUCUAUACUGUGUCUCGCUCGGACACUGCUAGGUGAUGCAUACAAGGAAGCCGUGCUAGAGCUGAAUGCUAGCGAUGAAAGAGGCAUCGACGUCGUCCGCAACAGAAUCAAGGGGUUUGCGCAGAAGAAAGUGACACUGCCGGCUGGCAGGCACAAAUUGGUCAUUCUCGAUGAGGCGGACAGCAUGACUGCUGGCGCUCAGCAAGCACUGCGACGCACCAUGGAGAUCUACGCGAACACCACACGGUUCGCCUUUGCUUGCAACCAGUCCAACAAGAUCAUUGAGCCUUUGCAAUCAAGAUGCGCCAUCCUCCGAUAUGCAAGACUGACAGACGCGCAAGUCGUACAGCGUCUGAUGCAAAUCAUCGAAGCAGAGAAGGUGGAACACUCAGAAGAUGGACUCGCGGCUCUCGUCUUCAGCGCCGAGGGCGACAUGCGACAAGCCAUCAACAACCUGCAGAGCACAUGGGCAGGUUUUGGAUUUGUCAAUGGAGACAACGUCUUCCGCGUCGUGGACAGUCCGCAUCCUAUCAAGAUCCAAGCUAUGAUCAAGGCCUGCUGGGAAGGCAAGAUCGAUAGCGCCCUCGACAUCCUGCGAGAGCUGUGGGAUCUCGGCUAUUCGUCACACGAUAUCAUAAGCACAAUGUUCCGAGUGACCAAGACGAUACCGACGCUCAGCGAGCAUUCCAAGCUUGAGUUCAUCAAAGAAAUUGGCUUCACGCAUAUGCGAAUCCUGGAGGGCGUUCAGACAUUCCUGCAGUUAAGCGGCUGCUUGGCGAAAUUGUGUAGAAUCAACAUGAAGCCGCAGCUGUUUGAGGGCAGCGCAGUCUGA